AUGCCCUCACCACGAACGCCGCCCGCCGCGGCUGUUCUCCUCCGCCACUGGUUCCAGGCCGUGUGGCCUGAUCUCAUCACCAUGGCCAUUGUCGGAGGCUUGGCUCUCGCUAUCUACCACGCGCCCUUCCCAUCCCUCCGCACCUUUCCCGUCACCUUUGACGGCUCCGGCGACGUCGUCUAUCCGGAGUGGGCGUACCCCUACCGCGGCUGGCUGAUGCCGGCGCACCAGGCCGGCGCGCUGUCCCUGGGCGUGCCGCUGCUCGUCUACCUCGGCGCCGCGCUGCGCCUGCGCUCCCUCUGGGACGCCAGCAACGCCGUGCUCGGCACCGCCUGGGCCGCGCUGCUCGGCGCCCUCAUCCAAGUCGUCUUGAAGCAGCUCGUCGGGGGCUUCCGGCCCUCCUUCCUCGCCGUCUGCAUGCCGGACCCGUCCCGCGCCGCGCAGCCCGGCGGCAACCGCACCGGCCUCGACGGCGUCGGCUUCCGCCGCCUCAUGUACACGACGGACAUUUGCGCGCAGCCCGACGCGCGGCUGCUCCGGGACGCCGUCACCGCCUUCCCCAGCGGCCACGCCACGGCCGCCUGCGCCGGCUUCGGCUUCCUCUUCCUCUGGACCAACGCCAAGCUCAAGGUCUGGGCCGACCACCGCCCCGCGUGCUGGAAGCUCGCCCUCACGCUGCUGCCGCUGCUCGCCGCCGCCACCAUGGCGUGCGCGCUCACCGUCGACGCCGCGCACAACUGGUACGACGUCGCCGCCGGCGCCGUCAUCGGGAGCGCCAUGGCCCUGGCGUCGUACCGCUGCGCGUACGCCGCCGUCUGGGACUGGCGCUACAACCACAUCCCGCUCCGUCCGGGAUCCCCCUUUUCGUACGAUGCCGACGGCGAGGCCGAGCAUGUCGCCGAGACCAUUGCGCGGACCGCGGGCUGGGGUGUGCCGAGGAAGAGCUGGCUGCCCGAGGAGGAGCCGGCAGCCGCGUCGGGGGCCGCCCGCGCGACAGGAAGACGGACGUACGGCUGGCAUGGUGGCGAUGACGUGCAUUCGCAGGGUCCGGUGACGAACAACGGGAGCUCCCAGACAGCAGCGAUUGCUGUAUAG